AUGAAUAUGUUGGAUGAUGAAGAUGACCAAAGCUUUCACGCUACGCGUGACGGCUACUCCCAUUUGAGCGAUGUCGAAUGGGAUGCGGUUGAACGAAUGGGUUCGACCAUGGGCAUCCAUGCUGUUAGCGUCAUGCUAGGGGCUCUCAAUAGAGACGCCCAACGUGCUACUAUCGCCAAGUUCAUUCAAAAUGAACUUGACGCUGAACGCGAGAAAGUAGCCUUGCUUCACCAACAAGGUUCCCAACAAGCAGAGUUGUUGAGAGAACAGGGUGUUCAACAGUUUGAACUGUUGAGACAGCAGCAGGCUGCUGGUGGGUCGAUGCACUCGGGUCGACCGGAGAUCUUGAAGAGUGACAUCUCUAAGUAUAGGGGAGUCCAAUAG